GUGUGUGCUCAAACAAUCUAAUCUUAAUCAAUUAAAAAUUAUAAAUACAGGGUUCUUGUGAUGCAAUAAUAUUGUGAUAUUAAUUAAAAAAAAAAACAAUCUCAAAUGCUUACAACUUAGAACUGAAUUUUAAAAUUGAUGGGUGUGUGUGUGUUUUUUUUAAAAUUGCACCGGAAAUGUAUAGCACUAGAGGUUACGUCUAAAAUAAAAUAAAAUGCCUAAACGCAUUCCGUUUCACGUUGUCUAUGCUACAAGUGAAGACAGUUGUUACCCGGCCUGUGAGCUGAAUGCCCAAGGUCCUGCGGCUCGGGGCUGGCGCAGCGAUGGCCCUCCGCCCCACGAACUUCUAUUGCGGCUCACCAGUGUCACAAACGUGCACAAGCUACAGUUGUUGGCACACCAUCAGCUCAUACCGGCUUGCGUGGAAGUGCUAGUAUCAGGAGGGUUGGUCUCCGAAGGAGCUGCAACACCAUGCGGGGCGACUUACACGAGCGUCGGGAAGGUGACCCUCGCGAAACCGGCACCUCAGGCCAGGACCAGAGAACUCAGGUCUGCGGCCCUUCCAGAGCCAACGAUAGCAAGAUUCGUGAAGCUUAAAUUGUCUGGACCUCAUCCCCCAGCUAAAGAGACUGAUCAGAUAGCGCUAAUGGCUGUGAAUGUUCUGGGCGAAAUCGUAGAGUGCCCAGAGAAAGCUCAGACGGUAAUCAAAACCGAGACUCUAUACUCACCGUACGAUGAUCUGGCCUUUGUUAUGUACGUGGACAAUGAAAUAGCCGAUCUCAUCAGGAGUUUGGAUGAGAAGAAGAAAACGGCUGUUACAGAAGAACGUUUUGAAUACGCCCGUCGGCUGAAGUCCGCCGGGGCAGCCCUAGCAGCCGCCGGCAUACGAAUCGGUCGCUGGAGACUGCGCAAGAGGACCGCAGCCGUCAGAGAUGACUUUGAGCUGGCUCGACGGAUGAGAGACAGGAUCGCUGAUGCUCUAACUGGAGUGAAAGAAGAUCCGCAGCUCUGCAGAUUGUUUGAAGAGGAUGGGGUAGAUCCCCGCAAUGACUCGUCGAUGCCUCAGGAGUACGAUUUCUCGCACCACCUCUCCCCAUCCGUGGCUGCAGGCUCUCUAAGCUUGGAUAUACCGUCUCCGGUUCCUCCGAUACAUCAAGAAACCGAUGAGAUUGAUUUUAUCAAUGGCAACGACGAAGAUCAGAUAGAACAAGCUCAAAAGUCCCCAGUAUAUCUUCUAGAAGACGUAGAAGUACCAAGCACACAGCACUCCUCCAUACCGCACUUACAAGCCGUCCAAAAUGCACAAGAAGAGAAAUUAGAACAGAAAAAAAUCGAACAGAAGAUUGAGGAAGAUGAGACGAGAACGACUGACAGUCCACGCAGGAGCGUCACCCCGAAUGCAGCUAACGGUACCUUGGUAAGGAGGAGAAACAAGAGUGCCGGUCCCAGAUCUACCUUCGAUGCUUACGAAGAACGUCUGCUGCCGGCCCUAAGGCAUUCUCAUACCAACGAGUACCUCCGGGAGGCUCGCGAGGAGGAGGGCAGUGGGAGUAGCGCGCCUCUACCGUCGCGUGUCUCUCACAAGCUCAACGAGAGGGAGAGGAAGCAAGCAGCUCUACCUAUACUUAUUUUCGGAUACCCUCUGGUAGAGAAGUUCUUCUCCAAGAACUACUUGGACAAGGAGGAGGGUCUGAAUCGUCUCAGAGCAGAACUAACUUCGCCGUCGAACGGAAGCUCCAAGACUUCUCCGAACAAAACCGCGAGGGCGGCCGCCAUCUUGCUGCAGAGAGCUUUGAGAGAUAAAGUCUUUUCUGUGUACAGUCAGGCCAAUGAAGUUGUCAGAGUUCUGUUCAAGGAUUUCGUACCGGACAGGGUGUGUUCGGCGGAGGUGGGGCGGUGUCUGGAGAAGCUGUUGCCGGAGCUGCUGCGAGCGUGCGGGGACCCGGCACCCAGGGUGCACUCCACCGCGCAGCACACCGUCCUCACCGUGGCGGACUGCCCGCAAGUCAGAGCCCUCCACAUCAUACCUCAGCAGUUAGUCCGUCCAGUGGCGGCCUCUAUGCAUCCACGACUGGCCCUCUCCCGUCUACAGAUGCUGGAACAACUCAUACUGACCCACGGCAUAUCCACUGAUAAGAACAGCGGUCUGACUGUGCGGCGGGUGGCGGAGUGCGGCGCGGCGGGGGCGCAGCACGCGGCGGGGUCGGUGCGCGCGGCGGCGGAGCGCAUCCUCCUCGCCGCCUACUCGCGCUCCCCGCGGCUGGUGCGCGCGCAACUGCCGCCCGACGACAACGUCACGCGACGGAACCUCAUCUACCGGCAUCUGUUCCAGCAGUUCGACAAGAUUGAUAUGCAGAGGAUUCUAAACCAGGCACCGACAGAAGAACAAAUACUGACGGACCAAACAAUCGAUAAAGAAGAUACAACGAGCAUCACUCCGUCUAGUAGAAGCGCAACUAGCGGAAUGACCAACUCCCUAGGAAUGACGUCAUCGAUCGGAGCUACUUCCUCGUACAGCCUCAAGUCCAUGGCGUCCAAUGCUAGCGGCAGUACGCUGGCUCCAUCUAGCGUCAGCGGUAGUUAUACCAACAAAGUAAGGAGCAGCCUUAAAAAGUCGCCAACGAAAAGAUACGCUCCCAGUCGAUUGACGUCCAAAGACUCUUGUAGUUCUCCAGGCUAUAAUAAAUUGAGGCUGGAUAGCGCAGUCAGUCCGAAGCACUCACCGCGGUCAUCAGCCUCCGUUGCCGAAAAGGUGCAUUUCCAAGAAAAUUCAAGUCUGAACGCGACGGACAGCCAAAGUCAAGUUGUCUACCGUCGGACCAAUCGGAACGCAGAGAAUCGACACUCGAUGAUCCAUUACGACCACGAACCGUCCAAACUUCAGCUUAAAGAGCGACCCAUCACGGUUUACGAGCCGCUGCAUUUGGACUACAGAGAUUCGCCCAGCUUAGGAUCUCCCAAAACAUCCNAGGUCAUUUUCCAUCCUCGCUCAUGGAGAGUGAGAGCAGAAGCCCUUGAGUCCCACUAUUGGAGGCGCUGCGUGGUGCUAGCGCGUUGCCCACAUUGUAGAGUCGCGUUGGAAGCUAGGACUCUACACAAUCAUUUGUUGGAGGAGUGCACAAUCAGCGAGGGCAGCUGGAAGGUUUGUCAGAAAUGUGGCGCCGCGUUGAGGGUAGAAGACAGUGACUAUCAUGUUAAUUGUUACCCGCUUGGCAUGGACGAGUGGAAAUGCCCGUACUGCCUCACGAACGUGCUGGCCCGGGAUCUGCCCUGGCAACGGCAUCUUAUGCAGUGUCCCAGGAAUCCACGGCUCGCUAACACUUCUUAA